AUGAGAUUCCUCUCAUCCCUUCUCCUGACCCUCAUCGGUGUUGACACCGCGACCUACUUCACAGCCAACGGAACCCUGUUUUGUGGCAUGGACAAGACCAGGUGCUACUACGUAUCAAUGACGGAAGUGGAUAGUUUUGCCGUCUUCAACGACAAGAUCGAUUUUAGCGGAGUUCAUUGUGUCAAAAAGGAAAAAAGUGAAUUCGAGAUCAAGAUGAGAAAAAGGAAAGUAGUCCGACCAAUAGUUUCUGAAUCGGUGUACAAAUCGUUGGUUCAUUACGAAUGGAAUGUCGAGGUUGAAGAAAAAGAGGAUGUUGUCUCCGAAUAUUGGUAA